AGGACUCCCAGAGCGGAAGUGGAGGAGCGGCCGGAAGUCGCCCGAAUUCCAGUCAGACCGACCGGCUGACAGGCAUUGACAGGAACGGAGCUGCGGGAAGUUGGUGGCCAUGGAGUUGGGCGAGCUGCUUUACAACAAGUCCGAGUACAUCGAGACGGCAUCUGGAAACAAAGUUAGUCGCCAGUCGGUAUUGUGCGGAAGUCAGAACAUCGUUCUCAAUGGCAAGACCAUUGUGAUGAAUGACUGUAUUAUCCGAGGGGAUCUGGCAAAUGUAAGAGUUGGACGUCAUUGUGUUGUGAAAAGUCGGAGUGUCAUAAGGCCACCAUUCAAGAAAUUCAGCAAAGGCGUUGCAUUCUUUCCUUUACAUAUCGGGGACCAUGUCUUUAUUGAAGAAGAUUGUGUGGUCAACGCAGCUCAGAUUGGCUCUUACGUUCACGUUGGCAAGAACUGUGUGAUUGGGCGCCGAUGUGUGUUGAAAGACUGCUGCAAAAUUCUUGACAACACAGUAUUACCCCCAGAAACUGUGGUGCCACCAUUCACUGUCUUCUCAGGCUGUCCAGGACUGUUUUCAGGGGAGCUCCCAGAAUGUACCCAGGAGCUGAUGAUCGACGUCACCAAGAGCUACUACCAGAAGUUUUUGCCCUUGACACAGGUCUAGUGUCUCUGCCUCAUGUCUCAAAUUCAUGUGAGCUCUAAGAUGAACUUGGGGACAAAGUGAGCCAGCCAGCAUCUACAAAGAGCUCUUGUGUCUUUGAUACCUUUCACCUUCUUUUUCUGUUUGUCUGGUUUUGUUUUAUUCUUUAGAAUUUCUCAAUCCUUCUAGGUUCUAAGCUCUUAAGACUUCAAUAACAGAAUGUCUAAAGGAGUUGUGUCCAAAUGCUGUGCUUAAACCUUAUCUAUUAACGGUCCCUUCAUGCCAUUAUCUGUGGAACACAGAAUCAUCUGUUCCCAACACUCCCACCCGCUUGGUCCUGUGGAUGACAGGAUUCUGCCAAAACAGGCCCACAGAGCAGAGCACUGUCCCAGUGUGAUGGCUGUGAGCUGUUCUAGUGCUCACGGCCAUUAGCUGCCCACAAUAAACACUGCUCACAUGGUUCGCUCUUACUUUUCCUGAGUUGCCACAGUUGCCCAUGGUCUUGCAGUGUGGGUGACUUUUCAGAGCCCAGAUUCCUGUUGGCUACUAAAACUUGAAGGGAGGGGUGGUUAGCAUUUUUUUCUUCUUCCUGAAUUGACCUUAAGUGUCUUUUUAGCCCAGAGUAAUUAAUAAAAGACUUUCUGGCAUUCUGUUCUAGGGCCUUUAGCUUUCACUAAAAGGGGGGCCCUCAGCACCCAGAUUUUAUUUUUGCAAAGACCCAAGUAGGAGUCUGCUAUAUGAAUGGACUAGUCUGGUAGUCACUACUUGCCUCACAGUAUUUGGAGGCAACAGCAUAUGCCUUAUUUCCUUGAAGACAUAGCAUUUGUGACACUUGUCCUAUGGCCUAGAGCCAUUCAUCCACUCUAUUUGCCAUAAACCUCACAGUUCAGACCAAAAUAUCUCUACCUAGACCCAAUCACAUAUAUACACAGGGGCCUCUUAAAUCAUUCUGUGGGCACAGAGCUCCAAGGAGUAAAUGAAUUUACUAGUAUUGUUAUUAACCAUCUCCUGAAUAAUAACACAACCCUGCCUGGUUCUGCUCUGACCUCUUGGUCUAAACAGAAGAUUUAGAAGGGAAGGUCUGAGAACCUUGGCUUUGCUUAAUGCUUUGAUUCUUCUGUGAACAGGGUAAGACGGUUCAGCCUUGGAGGUUAGGAUCUAGCAGGAACUGUCUGGACUUAAUAUGUGGUUGUGGGGUUUGUUAAAAUGGCUAUAUGUGAUGAUCUCCUCUAGGUCAAUGUAAAACUGUUUUCCAGUUUGUCUUUUUUUUUUUUUUUUAAUGCAUUAAAAGAUUGAUACGUGAAACAAAUCAUUUGAAAGUGAUCCCUAUCCUCCUCCGUGAUGGCUACCUCACUUCCUCGGCUGCUUCCCUGCAUGCCUGGUGCCCUGCUAUAGACUUUACAUUCACUAGUCUGCUUAUGGCUCAUGCCAGCCCAGGAGGUGGGAUGUUAUUCCCAUUUUAUAGAUGAGAGAAAACUCAAAGAUCUUAGAUAACUUGGUCCAGUCCCUACAGUGACAAAGUGGCUGAUCCAGGAGUCAUACCCAUGUCUGUCUGACAGCAUAGCCAUGCGAUUCAGCUCUGCCCUGGUAAGAUGAGAUUAAGCUUGCCCUUGGAGCACAUCUGCUGUGUGCCCUGACACCAGCAGUCUGUGAUGGUUGUAGGGUUUUUGUUUUGUGUUGGGGGGUUUUUUGGGUCAUUUCCUGGCAUCUUCCCCAGUUCCCUUCCCCUUUUGUGCCACCAUAAAGACAAAUGUUGGAAUUGACAGAGCUUUGAUGCUGUCUAAGCUAACCUCUCAUUAGCUAGUGAGAUAUUCCAGGGCACAUCUAACAGAAUUUCCAUCCAGCCUGUGUUUGAAUACCUCUAAAAAGAAGCUGACCGCCAUGCAACUGACUGUCCAUUUUCCUUUUCAGUUUAUCCUUUCCAGCUUCAUUGAGAUGUAAUUGACAUAUCAUUUUUUUGACUGCCUAUUUUGUUGUGAACAAUGGAAAUUAAGAGAAAGUGGGAUUGUUUAAAGCCUCCUAAACAUGAUUUUAAAAACCUUAAGUAGUAACUCAAGUACCUGAUUGCAAAAAUCCAAUCCAGUUAGUAAAGAGGGGACAUACAGUGAAGUAGAAUUUCCCAAUCCAGCAUCCCAGUUCCAUGUUCUACUUCCCAGAGGCAGCUACUGAACAGUUUUGGGUAUGUCCUACAAGAGACAGUCUUCAGGCACGAGCAGAUAAAUACGUGUACCUUAGCCUCUCUAUGCAUACAAAUGUGAGCACAUGGUAGAUGUGCUGUUCUCGUCUUGCUGCUUUUACUUAAUGAUACGCCUUAGAGAUGUUCCAUAUUUGGCACAUACAGGUGACAAAAAUAGCAGUUGCUAAUAUUUAUAGAGUGUUUACCAAGUACCAGUUACUCUUAUGAGUUCUGUACAUUUAUUAACUUUUUAAUACAACCACCAUAAAGUAGAUACACUUACUGUCCUCAAGGAACAGGAGGUUAAGUAAAGUGCCCAAAUUUAUACACCUAAUAUGACAGUAAGUCAAAGCAUUCUAGUUCUAGAGCCCAUACUUUUAAAGAUUUUAUUUUCUUCAUAUUAUUUUAUUUUAUUUUAUUUGAGAGAGCACAAACAGGGGGAGGGGCAGAGGGAGAGGAAGAAGCAGACUCGCCUCUGAGCAGAGAGCCCGACACGGGGCUCGAUCCCAGGACCCCGGGAUCAGGACCUGAGCCGAAGGCAGAGGCUUUAACCCACCGAGCCACCCAGGCGCCCCCAGCCUGUAGUUUUUAUCACUAUGCUGGAAUUCCUCCCCACUAUAAUACCUUUCAUUGCCCCGGAUUGUAUCAUCUGGCCAACCCUCGCUAUACAGAAAACUGAGAAAGUAUUUUGCUUUUUCAGGCAGGCAAGGGUGAGGGAGUUGGGAGUGGAUAUUGGAUGAAUUAUCCAACAGUGUCUGCCACAGACAGUUCCUUCUGAGAAGACUGUCCCCUUGCAGUGUGCCCUGUUGUUAAACUGCAGUUGUGGUUUAAGAAGCUAAUCAGAGCAGGUUUCAUGGGAGAAUUAUCUUGCUUGCAGUCAAGAAAUAGUGUCUUAAAAUUCCGUACCAUAUGGUUGGCACUCUAUAGAGGAAUCUGCAAGCUGGAUUAGACAAAAAUCCAUUUAGACUGCUUUGUUACAAGUGUUAGAAAUCCAGCUUGAGCCAAUUUAAGUAAGAAAGGGGUUUUAUUGGCUUGCACAAGAAAUCAUGGAAAAGACUAGCUUGAGAUGCAGUAUAGUAUGGACCUUAGACAAGUUACUUUAUCUCUCUGCUCUAUGUCCUAAGCUGUGCAACGGGAAUGACAAUAGUACCCCAACAGGAUUGGUUCGGAUUAAAUGAGCUACUAUGUGUAAACAUCAAAGAUAGCUACUAGCACUCUGUAGGUAAUAAUGUUACCAUUGCAGGGACAACAAUUCCAGAGAUUUAAACCCCAUAUAUAGCUCUUUAUCGUCUAUAUCUUUUUAAGAUUUUAUUUAUUUGUUUAUUAUUUUUAAAUAUUUUAUUUAUUUAUUUGACUGAAAGAGAGAGUACAAAUGGGGAGCGGCAGGCAGAGGGAGAGGGAGAAGCAGGUUCCCCGCUGAGCAAGGAACCUGAAGAGGGGCUCAAUCCCAGGGCCCUUUGAUCAUGACCUGAGCUAAAGGCAGAUGCUUAACUGACUGAGCCACCCAGGUGCCCCUGUUUUCUAUAUCUUUUUCAUCUGCACAUUAGUAAAGGUAUAAACUAGACCACUGUAACAAAGAAGCCAUGGAAAUACCAUGGCUCCAGCAAGUUAGAAGGUUACUUCUCUCUCACCUAAGAGUGCAGGAAUAGGCAGGUUAUUAGAGCAAGUAGGUGGCUGGGCCCCAUGAAGUCAUCAAAUAGUGAAGCUCCUCCUGUCUUGUCAUAUGGCCAUACUUAGGUACAAGGGAAGCUGUAAAUUUAGUCACAGACUGGGUAGCCAAAACUCUGAGGAGGGAGAUUCUAACAAUAAAAGGGAGAGGGGAAGAUUCAGCAUAAGGAGACAUUAAGCAAGCUCUCGCAGGCUUGUGUGUUGGCUUCCUUUUCUCCUACUGCAAACGGGCUUUCUCCAUGCAUUGGGGCACGUGGCAGCUGAUAGCUCCAAACUUGUACCCUCCCAGCUUGGUGACCCUGAAAGAAAGGCUUCUUCCCUCCAGUUCUAAUUUGGAAAAGUCCCACAGAAAAGUUCUCAGUGACUUCUGGUGAGUCCCAUACCCUCUUAGAUUAAUCACCGCAGCCAAGGCCUUGCAGUAAACCUGAUGCGGGUCAUGAGCUUUCCUCCGUCCCCCCAUGGUGGAGAUACAGCAGAGCCCAUCACCAAAGCAAGGUGCUUGGAAGGCAGAAACAAUAGCUACUGCAAACAGUAAAAGAGUCUAUAACUAUAGACUGAUACUGUUAGAAAGGCUGUUGACAGUCUUAUGUAUCCUAGGAAAGACCAGCUGGACUCUGUCUCCAUGGUGGCUCUCACCCCGGGACAAUCUGUCACCAGAUAAUUACCUUUAAAAUCCCAGAGAAGAAAGUCUCUUUGUCUUCACAGUACUCCCAGAAGAGCAGACUGAUGGGAGAAACCUCCGUUGGGACUCUUUCCAGUUGGCUUAGGGUGGAUGGGGGAUUCACUGGCUCGUGAUGCUGAUAAGGCCAGAGCCAGAUGGGGCUUCAGGCUGUAUUCCAAGACUCACAACAGCAUCAUCAGGGAUCUGUCUCUUCAGCUCUUGACUCUGCUUCCCUUUGAGUUGGCUUCAUUCUCAGGCUUCAAGAGCGACCCUGCAGCUCCAGUUAUUGGUAGAAAGAGCUCCCUUUUCCUUUUUUUUUUCUUUCUUAAAGUUGUUUUAUUUAUUUAUUUGAGAGAGCACAAACAGGGAGAGGGUCAGAGGGAGAAGCAGACUCUCCAGUGAGCAGGGCCCCAAUGUAGGGCUCAGUCCCAAGACCCUGAGAUCGUAAUCCGAGCCGAAGGCAGCCGCUUAACCAACUUAACCAGGGCGCCCCAAGAGCUCCCCUUCCUUGACAGAACCCCUGGACCAGGCUGUCAUUGGCCCAAACCUGGGCUGUAUCCAGCCUCAAGUAAUCAUUGUGGCCAGGAAGGCGGAAUGCACUGAUUGCCUAGACCUGAGGCACAUACCCACAUGGCCUGAGAGCUGGCACCUGGUGGUUGGGUGGGGGUUGAUAUUACCAGAAGAGGAGAAGAAUGGAUGCUGGGUAGGAAAAAUCACCUGCUGUCCAGUUCAAGCCUCUUCCUUUCCUCUGGUGGUCUUCACUUCCUCAGUCUCCCUGCCUACCCUUACCACCUGUCCAAUCUCUCAUUACUCUUGGUCUUAUUGGGGGCAGGGGGAGGGCAGCGUGCCUUGUGAGAGGUAGCUAAGCCUGGCACAGAGAGGAUGUUGCUUAGCUAAAGUGGAGUGUUCAAUAAAGAGCCAUUUAGAGGAUGCUCUUCUGCCUGGGACUCCUUCCUCAUGGACCCAGUAGCACUUUGCGGAGGGACCCUUGUCAAGAUCUGGAUAAAAUUCUAGUUAUAUGCUUGUGUUCUUGUCUGAGCGCACCCAGCUAUGAGCUCCUGAGGAAUCAGGUGUGAGCCUGUGGGUAUCCAGCAUAUACUUAAUGGGGUGAUUAUGUGGAUAUGAGCCCCUCCUCCUCUGAGUCCCUACCCAGCCUAGAUAAGUCUCACAUUGUGGGAUCCCUGGUGCAGGGGACAAGGUUGAAUGACUGACUCGUGUGCCUCCUGUUGACUGAUCUGUUGCAUGUGGUUGCACAGGGCUCCCAUGGUCAGUUGGGAUCUGCAGUGGCUUCUGAAUUAGUCACUUUUGCAUGGGCCAUUUCACUCAAGGGCUCGAGGCCACAGUUCCCUUCUUAGUCACUCUGACCCAUGUGGCUGAUGGCAGACUUGAAGUGACUCAGACAAACAUUGCUUUUAUUUCAUACAUCCUUGGAAGUUUCUAAGCUAUAAAGAAGAGAUCUUGGUGGCUAGGGAGGCCUUUCUUGGUGUAUUGAUCUGGCCAAUGAGAGCCCAGAGGGGUCUAGAACAUGGAGCCCCAGACAUGUUUUGACUUGCCCUCGGCCGUUUUCCAGGACAAAUUAGCAUUAAUGGACCUGGUUGGUUGCCUUGGGUGAUCAGAUCUAGCUGGCUGGUCCCCUGGGGGGUUGGCUUCUAUGGAGCUGUAAGGCCCCUGUAAUGACAUUGGCAGUGUUGAGACAAUGUGUUAUGGCUUGGUUAUUUCAAAACAGUUGUCAGCCAAGGAAACAGUGUUCUCUGAUGGGGGCCCGGGGGCCCUUUUUUUUGGGUCAUAGUGGUGAAGAGUGUGGGCACUGGAAGCAGGCAAAUCAAAAUCCGGCCCUGCUAUUUACUAGCCUUGUGACUUUGGGGAGGUUGACUCCUCUUGUGGAACCUUGGAUUUCUCAUCCAUAAAAUGGGGAACAUGCGUAGGGGUUGUUAUGAGGAUUUAAAUGCGUCCAUACAUGUAAAGCAGGAAUCUUGGCUCAGGGUAAGCACUCAAUGACUGGUAGGUUUAACAACUAUUAUUAGGAAGUGAUACAACUUGAGUGAAAUCCCUCAUAGUAUAAGGGACAACAUUCUUACAUAUUUUUAAAUUUAGAAUAAAAUUAAGAACAUCUGUUCAUUUAUAAUCAAUCCACCACAAACAAGAGAUCACCCUUCGUUGCCCAGCACUUAUUAGAAAACAUUUAAUCCUCCCAGCUAUCAAAACUAUCAACUAUCUUUACAACUCAUUAUACAGAGGAGGAAACUGAUCUUCAGAGAGGUUAAGCAAAUUUGCCCAGUAUCACACAGCUCAUUAAUGCAGCUAGAAUCAAAGCCAAGUCUUAUCUGGCUGCAAAGUCCAUGUUUUAUGCAGUUCCCCCAAUAUCCUGGGCCUCCAAAAGCACUUGGCUCAGAGGAGGAUCCUUGCUGCCCAGUCAGUUAAUCCUUUGUUUUUAAGUCCUUAAGUUUUUGCUGGUGGGUUGGCCACACCUACUUUUCAUAAUGCACUCUGACCCAGACUCAGGACUUCCCUGCUUCUCCAAGGAGAGGAGAUGGCGUGUUCUGUAUCUCCAAGUCUGUUUGCCAUCACACAGAUGGUUCAUACAUAUGAAAAUCAUCCAAGAGAAGAGACAGGAAUGGAGUCCACACCCUCUCUGGCUUUCAGACCUUGGGUCUGGACAUCCACCCCUGGUCUUUUUUGGUCCUACCAACACACCUCUUCAACUGUAUUCAGCUAACAUUUAGUGUCUUUGGGGCAUGCUUUCUGGCUUUACAUAGGAACAGUGAGAGCCUGCUGAAGCAGUAGUGCCAGAGGAAGGGGAAAAUAAGGAAGUCUGAGACUCAGGAACUGCAAGGCCUCUUGGAGACCCUUAGCUUCUGGGGAAUAGCCACAGUUUCUCUUUAUUUCAGUAAUCACAACAACAGCAGGCAUGGCCAUGUGCCUGGUGUGUUUGAAGUGCUGUCCUCACAGAAGCAUUUCACAAGAACCUUCAGAGAGAGGCAUGUCCCACAUAGAUGGACAUGAUUCUCUCCAUUUUAUAGAUGUGGAAGUAGAGGCACAGAGAGGUUAAAUAAUUUGCCCAAGGUCACACAGCUAGUAAGGGGAGGAACUGGUGUUUGAAUCCAGGGUUCCCUGGUCCAUGAGUUUAAGGUAUACAUCAUACUGCUUUUUGGUAGGGAGGGAGGGAGUGAACAAAUGAGUCUGGGAUUAGUGGCUAGCCAGACAGACAAGGCCCCCACAGGCAGCAUGAGGGGUAUGUUGGAGUCGGCAGAGUUAGGUUGCAAUUCCAGCUCUGCCACCUCCUGCCUAUGAGACCUAGGGCAGUAGCCUAAUCCAGAAGGGCUUAUAUGCUCAUCUUCAAAAUGGGAAUAAGGCCGUUGUGGGGAUUCAGGGAGAUCAUCUCUGUAAAGCUUUUAGCCCCAUGCCUAGCAUCUAGUAAGGGCUCAGUAAGGGUUCACGGACACUCUGCAAAUAGAGGGUAUUAAUGUGGCAUAAUUGCAGCUGUACUGAUCAAAAGUCCAUGUUGACAGCAACUAGAAAGUUAUAUGAAAACAGUUGUUAAAGAUCGGAAGGGAAUUAAAGUUUCUUCAAUGCUUUAUCAUUUCUUUAAAAAUGUUCCUAAAUGGAAUAAAUAAAAUAUACAUGCAGUUGAUGUUAAGUGGCCUUUUAUCUCAUUGCUUCAAAGUCUUAUCUUAUGAGGCGUUAUUUCUACCUCUGCAAAAAAGAGCACUUCAGGUCUGUGGUUAUAGUUCUGUCAAUGCUGAAUUUGCUAGGGGUUUGAGUAAAUUUGCAAUGAGAAAAAAAAGGGAAGUUUUAAAAAAUGACUUUGUAUUUUGUGGCUUCUGUAUCUGGAAAUAUGAUAAAACUGAUUUAAAAUGUUAUAUAGUUACAAUUUCAUAAAUGCUAGAGGGAUCAUCCCAAUCAAAGAGAGAUGCAAAGAAAAUUAAAUCAAGAAGUUGUUGGUGGGAUACGGCUUUCUCCUCUUUGCUAUGAAUGGUGUGUUGGAGUUUAAAUUCUUUGAGUAUUGGAACCAGAACAAGUCUUCAGGACCGAUGAUUUUUGCUGUGAUUUUUGUCUGUUGGAACCUCUGGAAGGGAAGACAUCAAAGAGAGGCAAUUUCUGGAUGGCAGUGCACAUUCGGAAUUGGGGAAAGCAGUUAAAUUGCCAUUGAGCCCUAGUGGAAAUCCAGUGUCUGACGCGUGGAGGCUGAUAACUAGCCAGUCUGACGCACGUGGUUUGGUGCGAGUCAGUCCGGACUCCAAGACUGAGAGCAGAACACAGAAGCUUUGCUCAUCGCUUGGACCUGGACCAUGGCUGUCAGGCAUUGCAGUAUGUCUUUCUUCAACAAGCCAAAGAGAAGCAGUUGGCUGUCUUGGAAUCCCAGAUUCCCUGAUUCUUUUUGUCUGGACGUGACAAAGCUGAAAACUGUUACAGGUUGCCGGUAGCUGUUUCAGUCCCAGCAGGAGCUGUGCUGCCCUGGAAGCAGACCCAGGCUCUGUGAAUUGGACUCGGACCCUGCGACCACUGGGAUUUAGGACCCCUUCUGUGGAACUUUAAAGGAUGAAAACCUCCAUCGUGGAUGCUGGCUGGACCAUCAGGCCACACUCACAUCCCCACGGAAGAGGGCUUGUUCUCUGACGGGACCAUCAAAGAUCAAGCUGCUGGUCAGCUCUUCUUCACUAAUGGGGAGGCUACCCCAAUCCUAAUUUGUGAUCCCUGCCAACAGCAGCACGUUGGGGGAUGGCUCAUCAGAGGGAGUGUGACCCCUCCACUUGCUGUUGACAGCUCAGACUCUGGGCCUUCUUGACAGGGAUGUCUCACUGCCGCUAACUUGUGUUCGGCUUUCUAGAUUAGUUGCAACUCACCACAGUGGGCUGAUAGCCUGAUUCUACUUCCAUACUACACCCCGCCGCCGCCUCGCCGCCCCAUCCAUACUUGGUAAGGUAGGUUCAUUAUCUGAAUAGAGCUGUCUCCAGAGAGGGAUUGAUCAAGGCUGUUCACUGGAUAAAAGGAGUGGGAGGUUCUGUGAACCCAUUUUGAAAUUUUUUGAAAAUUCAGGCUUUCAUCCUCAUUAGUCAGCUAGGGCUGCCAUCACAAAAUGCCAUAGACUGCGGGGCUUAAAUAAUAGAAAUGUGUGUUCUCGGUUCCGAAGGCCAGAAGUCCAAGACCAGUGUGUCGGCAGGUUAGAUUUCUCUUGAGUCUUCUCUCCUUGGCUUGCAGGUGGCCACCUUCUCGUGUGUCCUGCCAUAGUCGCCCCUCGGUGUUGUCUCCUAAUCUUCUCUUCUUACAAGGACACCAGUCAGGUCAGAUGAGGGCCCACCCUAGUGACCCCAUUUUAAUUGAAUCACCUCUUUGAAAGCCCUGUCUCCCAAUACAGUCACAUUCUGAGGUACUGUGGGUGAGGGUUUUAGCAUAGGAAUUGGUGGUAAGGGGGUGGUUAGGGAUACAGUUCAGCCCACAUCCCGACCAAUUCCUGAAUUUGUCUUUCUGGCUAAGUGAGAUAAAAAUGUUUAUCUGCAAAAAUGUAUUUGUGCCUCCUGCAUACAUACCCUUGCAGAUAAAAGGCCUGGAGGAGGAGAAGAGGUAAUUGAAAGAAUGUUGUUGGGUUGCUGAACGUCGGGGCUGCAGAUUUUGUAACAGUGGAGAAAAAUCCUGACACCUGGGGAGCCUUGGGCAAGUCGGGGGGUGGCAUUUACAAUCUUGGUUCUUCAGAACUCUAUCUGGAAGCUUUCUGCUCUUCCUGACAUCAGACUCCAGAGCUGCCCUUCCAGGCACUGGAGUGCUUUAAGUUCAGACCGCCAAGCCUGUGCUCACAGCUGGCACCGCUGACUGGAGGGCCUUGGCUCCUGCACUUUCCACAUGCAACGGACACUCAUGAGAUGCAUAAACUUGUAUCAUGGACAAGCAGAACCAAGGGCUGGUUGGAUCUUUCAGAUUGGACUGGAAACUCCCGGGCAGGAGGCCACAUGGCAGGAGGCUUACAUGGGGGCCCUGUUAACCUCCACUGCCUAACAUAUGUCCUGCUUGAGGUUCCCUAACAUUGCAAACUCGUUUCCCGGGGGACCUUCUUCCCUCUGGGAUUGUACUUCUGCCUUUGUGCCCUCUUGCCACACUGCCUCAGUCCUGGAAGGCUUCAGAUCAGCUUGAAUGUACUGGCUGUGCUGGACUUGAAUUGGUACCUCGGGCCAGGUAGAAAUGAAUCAUACAGAAGUUUGGAGGAAGCCACUUGGCAUUCUAAGAUAGACUGCGUUUUUUUGUUUGUUUGUUUGUUUUUUGUUUUUAAAUUUGAGGUAUAGUUCACUUAUACCGUAUCUAAAAUAGACUUGCAUUGUUAAUGGGAUUUAUUUUAACUGGCUUAAACACGGGACCCCUAAGGAGCAUAACUGAGAUCAGUAUACUGCAGGAUGGUCCCAUCCUUUUGCAUGGGGUCCUACUGAUAAUAAAUUUGCUGUAUAGAAGCCUGGGCCAACAGCCUAGGUGGAGGCCAGUACAGAAGAGAGUUAAUAGAAUAGGCCUGACACUGCUCUCCUUGUCUGCAAGGCUGACCCUUUGCUGACACCUGGAUAAUUGGAUGUGGAGAGGGUUCUCAACACUCCCUGAAUGAUAUGAGUGGCUCCCUGUGCCUGAACUGUGUAAAACAAUAUGGUUUAUGCUGAAUACCUGCUUUCCUUCCAGGAAUCCAGCAUUUUGUUAUGUGCUAGACAGAGGGCGCCUACUUGACCAGCCCCCAGUAAAAGCCCUGGGUACUGAGUCUCUAAGGAGCUUCCCUGGCAAAUAACAUUUCACACUUGUUAUCGUAACUCACUGCUGGAGGAAUUAAGUGUGUCCUGUGUGACUCCACUGGGAGAGGGCUCUGGGAAGUUUGCACCCGGUUUCCUCGGCACUUUGUUCUCUGUACCUUUUUCCUUUGCUGAUUUUGCCUGGUAGCCUUUCGCUGUAAUAAAUUAUAGCCUGAUGACAGUAAGACUCUAUGCUGAGUCCUGUGAGUAGUCAUCAAACUGUGGGCUGGUUUUGGGGGCUCCCAAAACAGGGCACACGGGGGGCUUCUGAGUGUUGGUAGUGUUCUCUUCCUCAUUUUGGGUGUUGUUUACGUGGGGUGGGUUCAAGUUGUGAAAAUUCAUUGAGCUGUACAGUUAUGUGAACUUUUUCUCUACGUAUCUUAAACUUCAAUAAAAAGAUUACCCACCACAAGGAUAA